AUGAAGACUACUGCCAUCCUCUGCGCUGCCCUGGCCACCACGGCCUUGGCCCAGCCUCAUUUCAACGGCAACAAGCGCCGCCACGUCCACAACAAGCAUGCCAAGCGCGCCCUGGUCACCGAAUGGGUCACGGAGACCGCCUACGUUACUGAGUACUAUGAUGCGACCAGUACCGUCUGGGUCACCCCCGGUGUCGAGUCUGAGGAGCCUGAGCCUUCCAACACCAAGGACGCCCAGUUCUUCGAGCCCGAGAAGCCUACUGUUGCUCAGCCCACCACCACCGCCGCGCCGCCUGCUCCCGAGCCUAAGGUUCCUGAGCCCAAGGCUCCUGAGCCCGAGAAGCAGGAGCCCCAGCCUGAGCCUAUCGCUCAGCCGGAGACAACUACCACCUACCAGGCCCCUCCUCCUGCUCCCACCACCCCCACUCCCACUCCCACUCCUACCCCUGAGCCCGUCGCGGAAGAGCCCAUUGAGGAGCCUGCUCCUGAGUCCCCGGCCGAGGGGUCCAAGAGCUCCGACAGCGGUAGCAGCAGCGCCCCGAGCGACAGCCACUCUGGCGACCUGACAUACUACGAUGUCGGUCUUGGCGCUUGCGGUUUCGAUGACACUGGCAAAGACAACUCGGACAACAUUGUCGCCCUUUCGCACCUCCUCAUGGGCACGCAGUCCAACGGCAACCCCAUGUGCGACCAGACCAUCACCGUCAGCGCCAACGGCAAGGAAGUUGUUUGCACUGUCCGCGACAAGUGCAUGGGCUGCGAGCCCGAGGCCAUCGACGUGUCCAAGGCCGCCUUCCUCGAGCUCUUCGGCUCGCUGACUGCUGGUCGCACUGAGGUCAAGUGGUGGUUCAACUAA